AAAUGGUGACAAAAGAGGAUGGCAUGGGAUAUGCCUAUUAAUUAAUAACCCAACUCCCAUGGCUUUCACAAGUCACUUUUAGUUGAGCUUCUAUUAAUCAUCUUUGCCAACUGCUUCUUCACCAUCUUUAAAAACUGAGCUAGAUUUGCCAUCCAAAUAUUCAAGAACGGCACUGUCCACAUCUAUAGAAAAUAAUUAUAUACACACAUACAACACGUAUAAUAAAUACGGAGUAGACCACCGUUUUCUAGUUAUAGAAAAAAAAAAUGAAGCAGCAAGAGAAUAAAGACUUAGUUUCUUCCUUGCCUGUUAUUCCAAGAUUGGAUCGCCUGGAUUUCCUGCUACAGAUUCUGGAAGAGAAACAAGGAAGAAAUUUCUCAGAUAGUGUCAUUAUAAAGAAAACAGAAGAAGAGGAUAAUGAGUACUGCAAAACUCUGAGUCUAUCAUCUGCACUGGAAGAGGUUCAUCACAAAGGCACACUUAUAGAGCGCCUCACUGCACUCGAGAACCGAGUUUUAAAGCUAAGCUUGGUAAUGGAUGAAGCGAAGUCUAGCUCAUCAAAGUCAAGGGAUGACAAAGACGAAAAGGCCAAUCUCCAACAGAAACAACUCGAGGAAAAAGCCUCGACUACUGAAGCUGCAUCUUUAAGUACUGGAAAAACGGAUAAAGUUGUUGGCAAUGCUAAAAUUAGAAGGAAAUCCUACAGAAAAUGGCGCCUUGGCUGGCUCCAUUUGGGAUGUAAUUAAAAGUCUGAAUGUGAAUGUAAUUUCCAGUACUUGCGUUUUGUUGUUUAAGCUUGCAUUUGAUACAUGAAGAGAAUUGAGAUAUCUUUUGCAUUUGAUACACGAAGAUAAAUUUGGACUUGUA